CUCCAGUGUCCAGCAGGAUGUCCCAGUGGCUGAUGCAAGUGUUGAUGCUGCCCCUAUUGCUGCUCCCUUUGGGUCAAGCUGCCCCCAAGGAUGGAGUUGCAAGGCUGGACCCUGAGGCACAACAGCAGCUCACAACCAACCCCUUCCAGCCAGGCCCUGAGCAGCUCCGACGUCUGCGGGAUUACCUCAAGGGACUGGAGAAGAUGGAAGAGGAUCCUGAGCAAAUGAACCGGGAGCAAGUCCUGUUAUACCUCUUUGCUCUUCACGACUUUGACCAGAAUGGACAACUGGAUGGCCUGGAGCUCUUGUCCAUGCUGACAGCAGCUCUGGCCCCUGGAGCUGCACACUUCCCCAUCAACCCGGUGAUCCUGGUAGUAGACAUGGUGCUUGAGACUCAGGACCUGGAUGGAGACGGGCUCAUGACUCCUGCAGAGCUCAUCAACUUCCCAGGAGAAGCCCCCAAGCACGCAGAGUCCCUUUCCCCAGCUUUCCAGGAGCCACAACCUGCCGGAAGUCAGCCGCUUUUAGCCAACAGUCCGCUGCAAUCAGAAACCCAGCAAUCCCUGGGGACUAAAGAAGAAAUUACAAGUCAGGUAGAGGCCAAAAGGGCCUUGGAGCCUGAACAGGAGGCUGGACAUCACAUAGAGACUAAAGUAGAUGCCCUAAGCCCUGAAGGGGAGGCUAGGGGUCAAGCAGAGUCUGAAGGAGGUGCCCCAGGUCCCAGAGAGGAUGCUGAGAGACAGGUGGAGAGCAAGGACAACGAAGGGGAAGCCAAAGACCUGCCGGCGGAAACACUAGAGACCCACAACACUCCAAAUGAGGUUGAGGCUCAUAGCAUCCAACUGGAAAACGACGAGAUAUGAGCUAGACACACAGGCUCAUGCUCCUCAGGAUCUCAGUGCAGAACAGAAGCAUGAAGUGUGAAUACAGUGGGACUCGAACCACCUCUGACAUGGGUAUGGUGGUCCAAGCUCGUAAUCCCAGAAGCAUUGAGAGCUCCAGGCUAGCCUAGGCCACAUAGCAAGUUUGAAGCCAGGCUGGGCUACUUCGUAAGGCCCUGUCUUGAGGAGGGGAAAAGAAACGCACUCCCACGUCUCCUUUCUGGCCUCAGUAGGAAGCAGGACUUUCUUCGCAGCUCAGGGAGAUCACAAGCUGAGAGGCAGAUUUCAGGCCCCAAACAAUCAAUAAAGAACAAAAUGAAUUUGUCUCCAUA